CUAUUUGUUGUUAUAUAUGUGGAAAUGUCUUCGUUUAUCUAUUCAAUAUACGGGAUUGACCAAUUGCGUUUAUUGUAUGAGUGAACCACCUGUCGCAUAUUAUAACACACAACAUCUGCAUUUGUGUCAACAUAAGCUUUUAAACAUUCAUAUCUUUCUAUUUUCUACGUGUCUCGGGAAAAUAAUCCGCUGCAUCUAAUUGUGCUGUGUUUUUCAUUUGUCCACGCAUACGACGUUCAAAACGGGAAGCGAUGAGUUUGUUCAAUUUUGCUAUAAUUUUCAUCUUUGCUUCGUUCGGAAGCAUUUAUGGCGCAGAUGAUGAAACUCGCACCGUCGCAAAUAAUUUAAGCGUGAAACUGGCCAGCGUUCUGAAUGAAGCAGUAAACUAUUCGACAUUGUCCGACAUCGUGAAAGAUCUUGAUGGGAAAUCGCUCGCGAAGACGGCAAUAGAUAAGGAUAUUAGUAAUUUAAAAAUGUUAUUCAAGAAUCGAACAUCCACAGCUGAGGACAUGGCAAAAUAUGCUGAGCUGGUUUACAAAAACCACACUAUAAAGACAGAUUUAGGCGAGAGAUGUGAGUACUAA